GGACAUCAUGAUCACACACUUUGAGCCAUCCAUCUCCUACGAGGGUCUGUACGGGGAGGUCAAAGACAUGUGCUCCAUGGACAAUGACCAGCUCUUCACCAUGAAGUGGAUCGACGAAGAAGGUUUUUUAAAGUUUUUAUUAUCCUCCAUCCAUGUAGCAAUCUCUCAUCCAUCUCUCCAUCUAAGCUAAUUUCCUGCAAUUAUAUGCAUUUUGCCAUGGCUAAUGCUAUUCUUUUGUUCAAACAUAAUAACAAAUACUGCUAAAUUCAUUGUUUUUGGAAUUUUCAAUUCUCCCUGACUGUCUAGCUUUUAUUUUGGUGAUUGUUAGUUCUCAAAGAUUAUACUAUAAAAAAUUAUACCACAGCAUUGUUGAAUACUUGGUUCUGAUUUUCUAGAAGGGCAUUCUAGAAUGGGAAUUCUAGAAUGGAUAUUAAAACCAGAUAACGGGACAGUUGGAAAAGAUAUUGGAACACCUUGCAAUCAUGACGCAAUAUGUUGCUACACAUGCAGACCGUACUGCAUGUCCGUUUACAGAACUGCAAUACAGUUACAGAAAGCUAAACCAACAACUACACAAACUGAAAUUGGAUGCAUUGUAAACACAGGUCCAAUGAGGAAAAAACGUACACUGAACAAAAAUACGUUGAGUGACACAUCUCCUUCGCAUAGAGUUGAUCAGGCUGUUGAUUGUGGAAUGUUGUCCCACUCCUCUUCAAUGACUGUGCGAAGUUGCUGGAUAUUGGCGGGAACUGGAACACGCUGUCGUACACUUUGAUCCAGAGCAUCCCAAACAGUGGAGGUUCCUCAGAGGAGGAGGGGGAGGACCGUCCUCCUUGGUGAAUUUCAUACAAAUAAAAAUAGUGGAACAUUCAUAAAAGUUAUCCUUUUUAUAUAAAACUAUACUAAUAUAUUCACGUCACCAAAUAACACUGUUUUGCAAUAAAAGGUCUACAGUAGCCUCUAGCACUGUGUGGGGUAGCAUCAUGGUGUAGCCGGAGGACAGCUAGCUUCUGUCCUCCUCUGGGUACAUUGACUUCAAUACAAAACCUAGGACUCAUUGUUCAUAGCCCUAUUUAUAUUUCAACAAAUUAAUUUAUUCCAAAAUUAAGGAGAAGUGAGAAAGCUAUCAUUCGUAGUAUAUUUUUCACUUAGCUAGCAUUUUUGUCCGAUACCGAUAUCCAAUAUUUUCUUUGCCAAAAAAAAAAAAUGCUGAUAACCGAUAUUUAAUAAAUAAUAAUAUAAUAUGCCAUUUAGCAGACACUUUUAUCCAAAGCGACUUACAGUCAUGCGUGCAUACAUUUUUGUGUAUGGGUGGUCCCGGGGAUCGAACCCACUACCUUGGCGUUACAAGCGCCGUGCUCUACCAGUUGAGCUACAGAGGACCACUUAACAUUUUAGCGGCCUUUUUAAGCAUUCUAGUACAGUUAAAUUGUUGAAAUAAAGUGUCAUAUGUUCAUUUGUUCAGUUAGGAACAGAUUGUUUAAUAACUUGAGAAUGAGAAAUGAGAAAAAUGACAAAUCCAUGAAUGUAUUUUAUCGCACAACAUAUAUUCAUGACACAAAUAUUUUAGCUGCCCCACAUUACAAAGAUGGUUGUUGGUUGGCUCUUCUUACUAUCCAAUAUUGACUGUAUGGAGAAACUUAAAAAUGCUUAGAAAUAAAUAUUGGUUUAAACUAAAAUGCAGUUAAUCAUUUUAGCUUUAACUGCUUGAAAAAAUUACUGGCUCGUGGCUAUGUCAUAAACUGCUAAGAAUGGCACAACUUAAACUUUUCAAAUGUGCUCAACUGACUUGACUAGUAAAAUGCGAGCAAAUUUACAACACAACACAUCUCAUCUUUCAUUUAGGAAAUUAAAAUGUAAUACAACAUAUUGCAUUAUAACAUAUUGCAAUACUUUGUUAUAUACGCUUUGUUGGCAAUGACACAGGUCAAACGUUUUCUGUAAGUCUUCACAAGGUUUUCACACACUGUUGCUGGUAUAUUGGCCCAUUCCUCCAUGCAGAUCUCCUCUAGAGCAGUGAUGUUUUGGGGCUGUCGCUGGGCAACACAGACUUUCAACUCCCUCCAAAGAUUUUCUAUGGGGUUGAGAUCUGGAGACUGGCUAGGCCACACCAGGACCUUGAAAUGCUUCUUACGAAGCCACUCCUUCGUUGCCCGGGCGGUGUGUUUGGGAUCAUUGUCAUGCUGAAAGACCCAGCCACGUUUCAUCUUCAAUGCCCUUGCUGAUGGAAGGAGGUUUUCACUCAAAAUCUCACGAUACAUGGCCCUAUUCAUUCUUUCCUUUACACGGAUCAGUCGUCCUGGUCCCUUUGCAGAAAAACAGCCCCAAAGCAUGAUGCUUCCACCCCCAUGCUUCACAGUAGGUAUGGUGUUCUUUGGAUGCAACUCGGCAUUCUUUGUCCUCCAAACACGACGAGUUGAGUUUUUACCAAAAAGUUUUAUUUUGGUUUCAUCUGACCAUAUGACAUUCUCCCAAUCCUCUUCUGGAUCAUCCAAAUGCACUCUAGCAAACGUCAGACGGGCCUGGACAUGUACUGGCUUAAGCAGGGGGACACGUCUUGCACUGCAGGAUUUGAGUCCCUGGCGGCGUAGUGUGUUACUGAUGGUAGGCUUUGUUACUUUGGUCCCAGCUCUCUGCAGGUCAUUCACUAGGUCCCCCCGUGUGGUUCUGGGAUUUUUGCUUGUGAUCAUUUUGACCCCACGGGGUGAGAUCUUGCGUGGAGCCCCAGAUCGAGGGAGAUUAUCAGUGGUCUUGUAUGUCUUCCAUUUCCUAAUAAUUGCUCCCACAGUUGAUUUCUUCAAACCAAGCUGCUUACCUAUUGCAGAUUCAGUCUUCCCAGCCUGGUGCAGGUCUACAAUUUUGUUUCUGGUGUCCUUUGACAGCUCUUUGGUCUUGGCCAUAGUGGAGUUUGGAGUGUGACUGUUUGAGGUUGUGGACAGGUGUCUUUUAUACUGAUAACAAGUUCAAACAGGUGCCAUUAAUACAGGUAACGAGUGGAGGACAGAGGAGUCUCUUAAAGAAGUUGUUACAGGUCUGUGAGAGCCAGAAAUCUUGCUUGUUUGUAGGUGACCAAAUACUUAUUUUCCACCAUAAUUUGCAAAUAAAUUCAUUAAAAAUCCUACAAUGUGAUUUUCUGGAUUUUUUUCUUCUCAAUUUGUCUGUCAUAAUUGACGUGUACCUAUGAUGAAAAUUACAGGCCUCUCUCAUCUUAUUAAGUGGGAGAACUUGCACAAUUGGUGGCUGACUAAAUACUUUUUUCCCCCACUGUACACACACACUGACCCAAAAAUUAUUUUGUUGGCAUUUACGUAUGUCCCCAUUACCAGUAAAACAUAAUCAAAACUUAUUUAUUUCACUUACUUGCUGUGCUGUUUCAUUGUUCAUUUGUUCAGUCGUUCCAUUCUCAACCAGAAUUUCAUCAUACAUGUCAAGCAGUGAAGUUUCAGCUCUGUCUGUCCGUGGCCUCUUCUGUCGUGGGUCCUCUUCCUUGGUGUGCACUGUCACUGUGUCCGUUUCCAUCUUGUCCAGCUGUGACUGUAACAUUUCACGUAAACACUGUUUCUUGUCUGCAUCAAAGUAGUGGUCCUUGUACCUAGCAUCGAGCAUGGUGGCGACACAGUAAAGAGGCUCAGAGAGAAUGCCACCGAAUCGCUUGUUCACAGCCUCUAGUAGAGUACUUUCGCAAGUUUUAACCCCACGGUCUGUGUCGGCAGUUUUGUUGAGCAGGCGUUUCAAUGCCAUGACAGAGGGUAUCACGUCUGCUGCAGACGCAGUUGAUGAGAUUAUUUCUCAAGUCAGUUGUUCGAAUGGAGCUAGAAGUGUGUUCAUGUUUUCAAUGAGAGUCCAAGAUGGCAUAGCAGUGCGUCCUUGUGUAAAUAUACUUUUUUUUCGUAUAUAUUUCUCUCUCACUUUCCAUCCUUAACUAAAUAUACUUUCCUGCAACCCGCCUCACCCAAUGUGGAACGGAUUCUAUUAUUUCUUCAUACCUUUUAUCAAGAACACACGGCUGAAACUAGCCAGCUACUUGCUAUUAGCUAUUGCUAUUAGCCACUGUUAGCGGUCUUCACCACUGUCCGUGGCCUGCACUACCUACCAGCCAGCUCUAGCCUGGACAAUUAUCGACCCAGAGCAUUUCGGAUUUUCUGCCGGAAUCACUGAAUCACUGGACCUUAACACCAGAUCAUCACAACUAGCUAGCUGCAACCGAAUUUAUGUUGUUGUUGGCUAAUCACCACUAAUCACUACUUGUCCCAAAGCUAGCACCAGUUAUACUUGAGCUAGCCUCGAGCCAGGCCCAUCUCCCGGCUAUCCACCUCUCUGUCAACCGGAUGGGACCUCCUAGUGUUGACACGAACUGCUCCCGGACUUACCUAUUGCUGUUCACUGGACCUUAUGAUCACUCAGCUACACAUCUGAUGCCCGCUGGACUGUUCCCUUACACGGUACCCCAUCCUGUUUGUCUGUUUAGCCUCAGCCCAAACUUUCGUCACCAUUACCAGUUGUUGUCUUAGCCCUCUUGAAUAACACCUGUGAUUGCGUUAUGCCUCUCUCCCAUGUCAAUAUGCCUAGCCUAUUGCUGUUUGGGUUAGUUGUUAUUGUACUAUUUCACUGUAAAGCCCCACAGUCCCGCUCAACCUGCCUCAGAUAGCUUCUUUGUCCCACCCCCCAUACACGCGGAGACCGGCUCAAUCGGUACCUCCAGUGAUGCUAUCUCUUUCAUCGUUACCCAAUGCCUAGGUGUACCUCCACUGUACUCAUAUCCUUCCAUAUCCUUGUCUGUACAUAAUGCCCUGAAUCUAUUCCACAACGCCCGGAAAUCUGCCCCGUUUAUUCUCUGUACCAACGCACUAGAAGACCAGUUCUUAAAGCCUUUAGCCGUAUACUUAUUAUAUUCCUCCUCUGUUCCUCUGGUGAUGUAGAGGUUAACCCAGGCCCUGUAGCCCCCAGUAUCACUCCUACUCACCAGGCGCUAUCAUUUGUUGACUUCUGUAACCGUAAAAGCCUUGGUUUCUUGCAUGUUAACAUCAGAAGCCUCCUCCCCAAGUUUGAGAUAUUCACUGCGUUAGCACACUCUGCCUGAUGUUCUAGCAGUGUCUGAAUCCUGGCUUAGGAAGGCCACCAUAAAUUCAGAAAUUCCUUUCCCCAUCUACAACAUUUUCCGUCUAGAUAGAACUGCCAAAGGGGGCGGAGUUGCAAUCUACUGUAGAGAGAGCCUGCAGAGCUCUAUCAUGAUAUUCAGGUCUGUGCCCAAACAGUUUGAGCUUCUACUUCUAAAAAUCCACCUUUCCAGAAAUAAGUAUCUCACUGUUGCCGCUUGCUACAGACCCCCCUCAGCCCCCAGUUGUGCCCUGGACACCAUAUGUGAAUUGCUUGCCCCCCAUCUAUCUCCAGAGUUCGUACUGCUUGGUGACCUAAACUGGGAUAUGCUUAACACCCCGGCCGUCCUACAAUCUAAACUAGAUGCCCUCAAUCUCACACAAAUUAUCAAGGAACCUACCAGGUACAACCCUAAAUCCGUAAACAUGGGCACCCUCAUAGAUAUCAUCCUGACUAAUUUACCCUCUAAAUACAUCUCCGCUGUCUUCAACCAGGAUCUCAGCGAUCACUGCCUCAUUGCCUGAGUCCAUAAUGGGUCCGCGGUCAAACGACCAUCCCUCAUCACUGUCAAACGUUCCCUAAAACACUUCAGCGAGCAGGCCUUUCUAAUUGACCUGGCCCGGGUAUCCUGGAUGGAUAUUGACCUCAUUCAGUCAGUAGAGGAUGCCUGGAUGUUCUUCAAAAGUGCUUUCCUCUCCAUCUUAAAUAAGCAUGCCCCAUUCAAAAAAAGUUGAUCUAAGAACAGAUAUAGCCCCUGGUUCACCCCAGACUUGGCUGCCCUUGACCAGCACAAAAACAUCCUGUGGUGUACUGCAUUAGCAUCGAACAGACCCCGCGAUAUGCAAAUUUUCAGGGAAGUCAGGAACCAAUAUACACAAGCAGUUAGGAAAGCAAAGGCUAGCUUUUUCAAACAGAAAACAUCAAAACGUUUUGGGACACUGUAAAGUCCAUGGAGAAUAAGAGCACCUCGUCCCAGCUACCCACUACACUGAGGCUAGGAAACACUGUCACCACCGAUAAGUCUACAAUAAUCGAGAAUUUCAUUUUGCUACAGCUUGCCAUGCUUUCCACCUGGCUACCCCUACCCCGGCCACCAGCUCUGCACCCUCCGCCUCAACUUGCCCAUGCCCCCCCCCGCUUCUCCUUCACCCAAAUUCAGUUAGCUGAUGUCCUGAAAGAGCUGCAAAAUCUGGACCCUACAAAUCAGCUGGGCUAGACAAUCUGGACACUUUCUUUCUAAGAUUAGCCGCCGAAAUUGUCUCAACCCCUAUUACUAGCCUGUUCAACCUCUUUCGUAUCAUCUGAGAUCGCCAGAGAUUGGAAAGCUGCUGCGGUCAUCCCCCUAUUCAAAGGGGGUGACACUCUAGAUCCAAACUGUUACAGACCUAUAUCCAUCCUACCCUGCCUUUCGAAAGUAUUUGAAAGCCAAGUUAACAAACAGAUCACCGACCACUUCGAAUCCCACCGUACCUUCUCCGCUAUGCAAUCUGGUUUGCGAGCUGGUCAUGGGUGCACCUCAGCCACGCUCAAGGUCCUAAACGAUAUAAUAACCGCGAUUGAUAAAAGACAGUACUGUGCAGCCGUCUUCAUCGACCUGGCCAAGGCUUUUGACUCUGUCAAUCACCGCAUUCUUAUUGGCAGACUAAAUAGCCUUGGUUUCUCAACUGACUGCCUCACCUGGUUCACCAACUACUUCUCAGAUAGAGUUAAAUGUGUCAAAUCAGAGGGCCUGUUGUCUGGACCUCUGGCAGUCUCUAUGGGGGUGCCACAGGGUUCAAUUCUCGGGCCGACUCUAUUCUCUGUGUAUAUCAAUGAUGUCGCUCUUGCUGCUGGUGACUCUCAGAUCCACCUCUUCGCAGACGACACCAUUUUGUAUACAUCUGGCCCUUCAUUGGACACUGUGUUAACAAACCUCCAAACGAGCUUAAAUCCUUCCAGACUCACAUUAAGCAUCUCCAAUCCAAAGUUAAAUCUAGAAUCGGCUUCCUGUUUCGCAACAAAGCCUCCUUCACUCAUGCUGCUAAACAUGCCCUCGUAAAACUGACUAUCCUACCGAUCCUUGACUUCGGCAAUGUCAUUUACAAAAUUGCCUCCUACACUCUACUCAGCAAAUUGGAUGUAGUCUAUCACAGUGCCAUCCGUUUUGUCACCGAAGCCCCAUAUACUACCCACCAUUGUGACCUGUACGCUCUCGUUGGCUGGCCCUCAGUACAUAUUCGUCGCCAAACCCACUGGCUCCAGGCCAUCUAUAAAUCACUGCUAGGCAAAUCCCCGCCUUAUCUUAGCUCAUUGGUCACCAUAGCAACACCCACCCGUAGUAUGUGCUCCAGCAGGUAUAUCUCACUGGUCAACCCCAAAGCCAAUACCUCCUUUGGCUGCCAUUCCUUCCAGUUCUCUGCUGCAAAUGACUGGAACGAACUACAAAAAUCUCUGAAGCUGGAGACACUUAUCUCCCUCAUUAACUUUAAGCAUCAGUUGUUAGAGCAGCUUACCGAUCACUGUACCUGUACACAGCCCAUCUGUAAUUAGCCCACCCAACUACCUCAUCCCCAUAUUGUUAUUUACAUUAUUUAUUUUGCUAAUUUGCACCCCAGUAUCUCUAUUUGCACAUCAUCUUCUGCACAUCUAUCACUCCAGUGUUAAUACUAAAUUGUAAUUAUUUUGCACUAUGGCCUAUUUAUUGCCUUACCUCCAUAACCUACUACAUUUGCACACACUGUAUAUAGAUUUUCUAUUUUCUAUUGUGUUAUUGACUGUACAUUUUUGUUUAUUCCAUAUGUAACUCUGUGUUGUUGUUUUUAUCGCACUGCUUUGCUUUAUCUUGGCCAGAUCGUAGUUGUAAAUGAGAACUUGUUCUCAACUGGCUUACCUGGUUAAAUAAAGGUGAAAUAAAACAAAAUAAAAAGUACUGAUUAUUGCAGGUAACUCAGUCGGCUGCGUACACGCCAAGCACUCGUUUUUGUUCCAGCAGGCUCUCUUUCAUGUAAACAGUACUGCUUAUGUAUUGCUUGCAGGCGGCUGUAUGCUAGCUGUGAGUGUUUAAAAUGACCCACUAUCUUCCUACCUGUUGCCAAUGGCGUGUGUGGCAUGCAUGGCAAACUGGCAACUCCGCAUUCUUCCAAAGCCUUUGUCAUGUUAUGUGCUUUAUCACAUAGCACAGCGUGUACUUUGUUCUUGGGGAUUUUCCAAGUUUCAAACAUGUUCUCAAAUGCCAUUGAAAUGGCAGCAGCGGUAUGAGAACCAGCACAUUCUUGAGCAUGCAAUACGGCUUUCCUCAGUACGAAAUCCUCUUCGAACCACUGUGCUGUCAGACUCAGCAUGCUCAUGGGGCUGACAUCGCUGGUCCAAAUGUCAGUCGUGAAGCUAAUAGCAGUGACCCCCAUAGCAAGUAGCUCACGGAUGUACGUUUCAACAAUCCCCUGUAGCUCAGUUGGUAGAGCAUGUCGCUUGCAACGCCAGGGUUGUGGGUUCGUUUCCCACUGGAGGCCAGUAUGAAAAUGUAUGCACUCACUAACUGUAAGUCGCUCUGGAUAAGAGCGUCUGCUAAAUGACUGAAAAAUGUAAAACAAUACUGCGUAACUCCGGUAGGGCAACAUCUGAAAAAUAGCGCCUGCUUGGUAGAGUGUACCGGUGCUCGACCAGUCGGCGAAAAAGCCAACAUCAUCCACGACAGAGAACGGUAGAAUGUCAAGGGCAAUGAAUUCCAUUAUCUUGGCGUUAAUGGAUUUCGCCUUUGAGUUUCACCAAAAUGUUCUUACUCUUUCAAAUGACUGCUGGACUUGAACUUGUUUAGUUGUUGGAAGUAGUCACUGAACGUCUGGGGGUGAUGCACUUUCAAAUGAGUAAUUAGGUUUGUGGUAUUGAAAGAUUUCACUUUCUCCCCUCCUUGGGAAAUAAUAGCUGCGCAAACAUUGCAUAUGGCCUUUUUGUUACCUUCCUUUGAAACUUCAAAAUAGAUCCACACAGCAGACAUUGUGGGCUAGGUUAGGAAUGCUGUGUUGCACGUGUAGCUUCGGGACAAGUCUCUGAAUGUCCUUGAAUGGCCCGGACUUGAACCCGAUCGAACAUCUCUGUAGAGACCUGAAAAUAGCUGUGCAGCUCCCGAGUGGCGCAGCGGUCUAAGGCACUGUCUCAGUGCUUGAGGCGUCACUACUAACCCCCUGGUUCGAUUCCAGGCUGUAUCACAACCGGUCGUGAUUGGGAGUCCCAUAGGGCAGCGCACAAUUGGUCCAGCGUCGUCCGGGUUUGGCCGGUGUAGGCCGUCAUUGUAAAUUAGAAUUUGUUCUUAACUGACUUGCCUAGUUAAAGAAAGGUUAAAUAAAUAAAAAAUUAUGAUAUGCGAGAAAGCUAGCUGUGCUAGACUUUGUACUUCCUCAGUAUCUGUCCAGCUAGUCAUGCGGUAUCCAGCUAGCUGGCCCUGCCUCAGUAUCGGGCUGGUCGUACCACAGUAAUGCUUGUGUGUGUCACAGUAUAGAUGAAGAUGUCAGGUUGUUGGACUCAGUGAAAGGUCAGGCUGCCCUAAGUAAUUAAUGUAUCACCACUCACCAGCCAGCCAUACCUUCAAUAGCCUCGUCACAGGCUCUGCAAAACACACUGCAACUGUUCAUAAUGAACUCAGCCAAGACUGAGCCGCUGCCUUCACAUAACUCACCAACACACACAUACACUCCCUCAUAGACACCUGUUCUAAACUGGGAACAGCUAAAUGUAUCAGCUAAGAGAGAUCUUGAGGAACACAGCAGCUUUUGUGACCGACAGAAGGUGGUGGUGAAUGAUUACAGAACUCCGCUAUAUGGGGAAUAGGGUGUCAUGUGAGAUGCAGUUGCUGUACUGACCGGUUGUGUUGCUGUGUCCACUGUCCUCCCAGGUGACCCGUGUACAGUAUCAUCUCAGCUGGAGCUGGAGGAAGCCCUGAGGCUCUAUGAACUCAAUAAAGACUCUGAACUCAUCAUCCAUGGUAACACGACCUUCAAUUAUAUUCAAUAAACUUUAUUUAUACCCAAGGGGAAAUCAUUCCUUGACUGACAGUGCAGUGACAAUGCAGACAACAUAAUGCAUACAUUGGCCUUGCGUUCAAUUCAAUAAACUUAAUUUAUCCUCAGUGUAGACACACAUUCAACAUCAGACAACUUAAGAACAUUCACGUUCCAUUACAUUCAAUUCAACUUAUUAAUUGAAUAAAUAUGAAUGUUGGCUGCUGGGCUGACAUUGCAGACAAGGAUAAAACGGCAGACAACAUAAUGGAUACAUAACAAACAUGACUCACUCUGUCUGCUACACUGAUCCUCGCCUCGCUAGGAGAUGGAAUGGGUUUACUGAGUAGUCUGUGUGUCUGUGCACGUGUGCACUGGAUCAACACUGGAUAGAAGGGAGGGUCACAGGUUAAGGGCAAGGUGAAGGUCACAGUAGUGGAAGUGGAGGAGACUAGAGGGGGAUGAGGGGGGAGAUGAAACGAGGUGGAGGAUAGGGGGAAGGGCACAGUGGGGCGCCAAGUAUGCUAGUUAAUGAGAGAGCAUCCACCACUCACCUCUGGCACACGCACGCACUUGUGUGAUGUAGGGACUGCAAUGUUGUAGGCAUAAUGGUGUUAUUUCCCUCUCCUCUCAGUGUUUCCUUGUGUCCCAGAGAAGCCUGGCAUGCCCUGUCCAGGAGAGGACAGUAAGUCUACAACUACUUGUCCCUUUUUCUCUUAUAUCCAUAUCAUUGUUUUCUGAAGCUGGGGAGUUUCUCUCUGACACACACACACACUUGAUCCUGUAACCCCCGUUUCUUGCUCCUAUUCAGAGUCUAUAUAUCGUCGUGGGGCGAGACGUUGGAGGAAGCUCUACUACGCAAGUGGCCAUGCCUUCCAGGCAAAACGCUUCAACAGGGUGAGCUACCUCUCUAUCCAUCUCUUUCUUUCUAUCCAUCUCUCUUUCUCUAUAUUCUGCUCUUCCUUCCUCUUUCUUUCUCUCUAUCUCCCCCUCUCUCUAUAUAUACAGUGGUUCUUCCUUUAAAAGUUGUGUCAUACCACAGCACAGCUUGCGGAAUGGAAUGGCAUGUUGGAGUGCAUGACGUCAUAGUAUUUUACUGUCAGCCAUUGUUGCCAUUAAUGCUAGUUCGACCACCAGAGGGCAUGUUUGAGAAGCUAAGUUAUUGAAAUGACAUGGAGCUGUAGGCCCAAGAGUCCUGUUUACUGUAGCUGUUUUAGCGUAACUUACUUAUUGACAUUAAGGCCUACUUCAAUAUACAGUAUAUAAAUCAAUCAUUCAUUCAUUUGUUCAUGUCAUCACACAGCAUACAAGCCAUCCAUGUCUUUAAAUACAGUCAAGCAUUUUAGUUACAAAACGAAAUAACAAUGUUGGCUAAAGCGAUUGAAUUCACAUAUGCAUUUGACUGUUUUUAAUAUUGGCUGUAUUAGAGACUUUAAAACCUUUUUUUGUUAGAACAACUUUUUUCACAUUUUGUUACGUUACAGCCUUAUUCUAAAAUUGAUUAUAUUGUUUUUUUCCCCCUCAAUCUACACACAACACCCCAUAAUAACAAAGCCAAAACAGGUUUAGACAUUUUUGCAAAUUUAUUAAAAAUGGAAAUAUGACAUUUACAUAAGUAUUCAGACCCUUCAUCCAGUACUUUGUUGAAGUACCUUUGGCAGCGAUUACAACCUCAAUUCUUCUUGGGUAUGACGCUACAAGCUUGGCACACAUGUAUUUGUGGAGUUUCUCUCAUUCUUCUCUGCAGAUCCUCUCAAGCUCUGUCAGGUUGGAUGGGGUGCGUCGCUGCACAGCUAUUUUCAGGUCUCUCCAGAGAUGUUCGAUUGGGUUUAAGUCCGGGCUCUGGCUGGGCCAAUCAAGGACAUUCUAAGACUUGUCCCGAAGCCACUUCUGCAUUGUCUUGGCUGUGUGUUUAGGGUCGUUGUCCUGUUGGAAGGUGAACCUUCGCCCCAGUCUGAGGUCCUGAGCACUCUGGAGCAGGUUUUCAUCAAGGAUCUCUCUAUACUUUGCUCCGUUCAUCUUUCCCUUGAUCCUGACUAGUCUCCCAGUCCCUGCCACUGAAAAACAUCCACACAGCAUGAUGCUGCCACCACCAUGCUUCACCGUAGGGAUGGUGCCAGAUUUCCUCCAGACGUGACGCUUGGCAUUCAGGCCAAAGAGUUCAGUCUUGGUUUCAUCAGACCAGAGAAUCUUGUUUUUCAUGGUCUGAGAGUCUUUAGGUGCCUUUUGGCAAACUCUAAGCAGGCUGUCAUGUGCCUUUUUACUGAGGAGUGGCUUCCGUCUGGACACUCUACCAUAAAGGCCUGAUUGGUGGAGUGCUGCUGAGAUGGUUGUCCUUCUGGAAGGUUCUCCUAUCUCCACAGAGGAACGCUGGAGCGCUGUCAGAGUGACCAUCGGGUUCUUGAUCACCUCCCUGACCAAGGCUCUUCUCCCCCGAUUGCUCAGUUUGGCCGGGCGGCCAGCUCUAGGAAGAGUCUUGGUGGUUCCAAACUUCUUCCAUUUAAGAAUGAUGGAGGCCACUGUGUUCUUGGGGACCUUCAAUGCUUCAGACAUUUUUUGGUACCCUUCCCUAGAUCUGUUUCUUGACACAAUCCUGUCUCUGAGCUCUAUGGACAAUUCCUUCAACCUCGUGGCUUGGUUUUUGCUCUGACAUGCACUGUCAACUGUGGGACCUUAUAUAGACAGGUGUGUGCCUUUCCAAAUCAUGUCCAAUCAGUUGAAUUUACCACAGGUGGACUCUAAUCAAGAUGUAUACACAUCUCAAGGAUGAUCAAUGGAAACAGGAUGCACCUGAGCUCAAUUUAUAGUCUCUUAGCAAAGGGUCUGAAUACUUAUCUAAAUAAGAUAUUUCAGUUUUUUAUUUUUAAUACAUUUGCAAAAAUGUCUAAACCUUCGCCAUCAACUUGUUAAUUUAGCAGUCAACACAUAUGUUUUAAGAAUAUAAUGGAAUAUAACAGACCAUUUUCGUUUCUUAGAAUAAAACUCUUACAGUAACAACAGUUCAGUUACAGCUUCUGACAAAGUAGAAACAAAAAAAAGUCUCUCUUUUUGAUUGUGCACGUGGGACAGAGGAAGAGCAAUUCGUACACUAUUGAUCUAAAUUCAAUCACUCUCUUCUUCAUCCUCAUCAUUCAGUUCAUUCAAAUUCAAUUGUAAUACAUUUUGCCACUCCCGUUCAAUAACUCCAAAUCGCUUUUGCUCCAAAUGGAUAACUUGAAAUAACAUGAUAUAGGUUAAUUAAACAAUCGAAUGGAAAAAUGAUAUUAUUUAUUAGCCUAGUGUUUUAGGGAUAACAUGUGAAUUAGGCCUCAUGUAAAAUAAUUGUCAAAAGUGCAAGAGGAGAUACUGUUGCAUGACAAACAGGUGCUGUUAGAUUACAAUAUAUUUUAUCUGCCAGUUUCUAACAGUGUUAACAAUACUGAAUAAAGUAAUACCAGAGAGUCUGUUCUAAUGAAGAAGAAAAAAAGUAAAGCCUUUAAUACAGCAUAGCAAAGUUUUUAAAAACAGCCAGAUUUGUGAAAUUGCUUUAUCCAACAUUUUGCAGUUGCAUGAGGCAUGGUGAUCACAGAAUGAGUAGGAUAUUAAGCAAACACUCAGAGACAACAGAAGCAGGAACAGCAUAGUGCUGAGUGAGUCACUCAUUCCUGGCUUUCGUUCAAAAUAAGUUAUAUUAUAAUGCAGGGUUAAAGACACAUUCUUUCUGAUUGUCUUUAGCAUGCAGUCUCUCCUCGUACUACAGCUAAUUUCAUUUGAAUUAGGUGGAUUAUAGUAAAUUAAUAUGUAUGUAGAGGUUGAUGCAUUUUUCGUUAGGGCAAAUCUGGUCUGUGAUAUUGAGUUAGAAAUGUAAAACUUUAGAGUACUUAAGCCUCGAAUACAUUGCAAGUUUGCCCUUUUUUGGCCAUUAGGCUACACUUUACAAUAGGACUCAACUCUGACUGACCGCAGCAUCUAUCUGUAGUCUAAACUGUGGUACAAAUUGGGGGAUUUUUCACACCUAGCCAGGCUAUUAGACUAUCCUUUUGUAAAUUAAGGGAGGUGUGAAUGUUUGUCAGUCUCUCCUAUCGCACUAGAGUCCUGCAUCAGGCAAAAAACAAUUUGAGAGAGAACUUGGGUAAAUACAAUGGCUCAAUUACACUUGACGUGGACUGAUGAUUUUUGAAAAAUAUGAUACUUGUGCCUUACAGCCCAUUGCAUAAACAAAGAGUGGAUGUUAUCCACCACGGAGUGGGACAGUGCAGCUCAACACUGCAGAUAACAUAAGGCCAGCUAUUGUGAAAGAAUACUUGUGGAUCUAGUUGAUUUCCUCUAUCGCUUCAAGAGGCCUACUGUCCACCUGGUAAUUGUGUGGUUCCAAAGGAUAAAGCAUCACCUUCAGAUGGAUAUGUGGUUUCAGAGAGAAGCCAGCUGCGAGCUUGCGACCAGGCACGGUGGAUGACAUCCUUUUCCCGCACAGCAAAGAAAUCCAGUGAUGAAUGGGACUGUUUUUGAAGUUAUUGUUUUAGUACAUUUAUUUGUUUUUUUUACAUCUUAAUUCUUGGCGUUGUUUCUUUUUUUGUUAUAUUCAUCAGAGGUGUAGGGAGGGUAAAGUCUGUGAAUCCAAAAAAAUGUCAUUAUACAGAUAAUUAACAACACAUGCACACGACAGAAUUCAUAUCUUGGUUUUUGUGGUGAAUGUGAAUGAAAAAAUAAACUGUUUUGAUAAUGGUUUUUAUACACAUACCUUGUCCAUAAUGUAGAGGGCUAUGGGAAUUCAUUGAAGAGGUAAGGGAGGAGGAUGGUAAAUGUGAUCUGCAUAACAUACCAAUACCAAUUGACAUACCCUUUGUAUGCCUCCUCGUCUGUAUACCUACAGACACAAAAGUGAGCAGUUCAGUCAUCUGCAUCCAAUACAGCUAGCCUUCAACAUAUUUUUAUAGCCUACAUAUUCUUACCUCUUUGUUGAUUGAUAUCCAUUGAAUUGUGUCCAUUUUCUGUUUUAGAAAGAUUUGCGCAAAUAUGAAAAGAUAGAUGGUAUCAUAAAACAAAAUGAAUUUAGAUCAUACAUGGGACAAACCUUACCUUAAAUUAAGGAGCUCUUAACAUUUUUCAGUUAAGUGCCUGCACCUGCUGUUCUUUCAAAUUCAAAUGUUUCAGUUGGGCAGUUAGGUUCCUGCAAGAACUCCCACCAACUAAGGAGGUUCCUCGAUGAAUCCCACCUCCUAUGGGGUUCUUGGAAGAACCUUUUGGGGGCCAUUUUCAGUUCCAAGAACCAUAAGGUUCGUCAAAGAACUUUGAGGAUCUUAGAAGGACCCUUGUUGAACCCCUCAUUUUUAGAGUGCACUGUAUCCAUCUAUUUUACAUUUCCUCUCUUCCUUCACCUCUUUCUCUCUCUUCUUCUCUAUCCUUCGCUCUUUCUCUUCCUCACUUUUUACCUCUGUUUCCCUCUAUCCCUCUCUCUAUUCCUCUCUCUUUCGUCACCUCUCUCUUUCUCUCUAAAGGUGUGUUUUCUUUGUCUUCCAGAGAGCUCACUGCGCCAUCUGCACAGACCGUAUCUGGGGUCUGGGGCGACAGGGUUACAAAUGCAUCAACUGCAAACUGCUGGUCCACAAGAAGUGUCACAAACUGGUCACCGUGGAGUGUGGCCGACAGAUGAUACAGGUGAGGAACAGGGAGCGGUCAGUGCCGCCUCUUAUACUUAGUGCCCAGAGUUUUACCCUGCUCUUUUCACAUGACCUGACCCGGAAAAACUCCUGGCCCUACACAUUGUAUUUUCAUUAAGAAAGGACUGACACACAAUAUUUCUCAACAUGUCCUCUUUCUCUCUCUCGCUCUCCAUCUCGCUCUCUUUCUAGGAGCCUAUCAUGGGGCCUGAUAGGGGGGCCUCCAUCACUCCAUUAGACCAAUCUGAACAGCCAGGUAACACAUACGCUCACACUCUCUCUCACACACACACACACACUGCCUUUUUAAGGAAAACUAGCCCUGGUGGGCUAAGAUGGAUCCUCAUAAACAAUCAGUCAUUUUGACGAAAUUAAUUAUUUCUUUAGACCGUGUCCCCAGACCUCCGUCACUAAGCUGGAUCCAGUAGGACUAAGACAGCCUUAAGUCCUGUCAGGUGCUCUACUGGUGGCUGACUGAAUAAGAAGGUUUAAAGGAGAAGUUUACCCAAAAUCCAGAAAUUCUCAAUUGAUUCCAUACAUUGAAACUAGUUCAGUGGAGUUUGCCAUCUCCCCCCCUCUCUCCCUAUAGUGCUGUACUGAAACGGCUGCAAAAACAGAUCAUGUGACUCGUUAAGUUGCUAGGAAUUUCAUUGUUUUCACUGUAAAUACUACAACAGCCAACUUUUCAUAGCUGCGUGUGUGUAGCAUGCGACGAUACGUAUGAACAAGGACAUUUUGGGGACAGAAAGGAUACUUAAAGAUACAGCUGUUGGCUGGAUCUGGCGCAGUGCCAAAAUGCAAAGGCGCGUUUAAGAAGAGAACGCGACAAAGCAAGCGCGUGGAGGUAUGUAGCCUAGCCUGAUUCUUGACGUUCGAGGUGUUCUUAUUGUGUUACCAUUACACCAUAUAGGCCUAGGUGCUCUACAGGUUAGCACAGCGGUUCCCAAACUAGGGGUCGAGACCCCAUGUGGGGUUGCCUGAUAUGAAAUUGGGUCGCGGGAGAAUUUCUAAAAUCCUGAGAGAAAGACAAAAUAUACACUUCCAGUCAAAAGGUUGGACACACCUACUCAUUCUAGGGUUUUUCUUUAUUUUUACAUUGUAGAAUAAUAGUGAAGACAUCAAAACUAUGAAAUAGCACACAUGUAGCAAACAAAAAAGUGUUAAACAAAUCAAAGUAUAUUUUAUAUUUGAGUAUCUUCAAAUAGCCACCCUUUGUCUUGAUGACAGCUUUGCGCACGCUUGGCAUUCUCUCAACCAGCUUCACCUGGAAUGCUUUUCCAACAGUCUUGAAGGAGUUCCCACAUAUGCUGAGCACUUGUUGGCUGCUUUUCCUUCACUCUGCGGUCCGACUCAUCCCAAACCAUCUCAAUUGGGUUGAGGUCGGGGGAUUGUGGAGGCCAGGUCAUCUGAUGCACCACUCCAUCACUCUCCUUCUUGUUAAAAUAGCCCUUACACAGCCUGGAGGUGUGUUGGGUCAUUGUCCUGUUGAAAGACAAAUGAUAGUCCCAUUAAGCCCAAACCAGAUGGGAUGGCGUAUCGCUGUAGAAUGCUGUGGUAACUAUGCUGGUUAAGUGUGCCUUGAAUUCUAAAUAAAUCACAGACAGUGUCACCAGCAAAGCACCCCCACACCAUAACACCUCCUCCUCCAUGCUUUACGGUGGGAAAUACACAUGCAGAGAUCAUCCGUUCACCCACACCAUGUCUCACAAAGACACGGCAGUUGGAACCAAAAAUCUCCAAUUUGGACUCCAGACCAAAGGACAAAUUUCCACCGGUCUAAUGUCAAUUUCUUGUGUUUCUUGGCCCAAGCAGGUCUCUUCUUCUUAUUGGUGUCCUUUAGUAGUGGUUUCUUUGCAGCAAUUCAACCAUGAAGGCCUGAUUCACACUGUCCCCUCUGAACAGUUGAUGUUGAGAUGUGUCUGUUACUUGAACUCUGUAAAGCAGUUAUUUGGGCUGCAAUUUCUGAGGCUGGUAACUCUAAUGAACUUAUCCUCUGCAGCAGAGUUACGUUUCAUCAUAGCACUUGAUGGUUUUUGUGACUGCACUUGAAGAAACUUUAAAAGUUCUUGAAAUGUUCUGUAUUGACUGACCUUCAUGUCUUAAAGUAAUGAUGGACUGUCGUUUCUCUUUGCUUAUUUGAGCUGUUCUUGCCAUAAUAUGGACUUGGUCUUUUACCAAAUAGGGCUAUCUUCUGUAUACCCCCCUACCUCGUCACAACACAACUGAUUGGCUCAAACGCAUUAAGAAGGAAAGAAAUUCCACAAAUUAACUUUUAACAAUGCACACCUGUUAAUUGAAAUGCAUUCCAGGUGACUACCUCAUGGAGCUGGUUGAGAGAAUGCCAAGAGUGUGCAAAGCUGUCAUCAAGGCAAAGGGUGGCUAUUUGAAGAAUCUCAAAUAUAUAAAAUAUAUUUUGAUUUGUUGAACACUUUUUUGUUUACUACAUGAUUCCAGAUGUGUUAUUUCAUAGUUUUGAUGUCUUCACUAUUGCUCUACAAUGUAGAAAAUAGUAAAAAUAAAGAAGAACCCUGGAAUGAGUAGGUGUGUCCAAACUUUUGACACGGGUCUGUAUAUACAAAAAAAUAAUGUAUAUUAUAAUAUCGUCUUUGUAUAAUGUGGUUAAACUUAAAAAUCUAACUGAAAGUGAUUCAAAUCUAAAAUAUUAAAUUCAACCAGAGAGUGCCCUUAGAUCAUGGGAAAAGGCCUCAUUUGACCGCUGAACUCCCACGGUGAAUGGCUAGACCUGCUACGCUAUGAAACCAUACACUAUUGCAGAGACUUUGAUAUUACCGGCCAACCGGUGAAAACAAUGUGUAGGAAAGCAGGGGUACAAACUCACAUCAAUACCUUUGUCAGACAACACUGUCAAACAAAUAAUUAAUGCUAUUGCUAGCAAACAAGCGGAAACUGACUUAAAUUCCUCAGCUUAUGCUCUCCAAAUGGACUUUAGCUGUGAGGGCAGAGAUGCCCAUGCAUUGACUUUUGUUAAGCUAUACAUGUCGGGGGAUGCUAUUCACGAGGACAUAUUGUUCUGUCUCACGAUUCCCGAGCAUGAAACAACAUAUGGGAUGUUCAGUGUGCUGCGUGGCUAUAUUGACAAAAAACAGAUUCCAUAUGGGAUCGAAUGGUGGGCUUUUGCACAGAUGGGGCUCUAUCUAUCACGGGACGGAGGGCAGGCCUCUGCGCUCUAGUUAUGAAUGUGUCUCCCUCUGCCAUAUGGACGCAUUGUAUGAUACACCGAGAGCAACUGGUGGCAAAAGAGCUGAGUACAGAACUCUGAGAUAUACUGCAGCAGGUAACUUCGAUUGUGAACUACAUCAAACCACAUCCACUGCGUGCACGCCUGUUCGCAAAACUAUGUGGAGAUGUGGUAUCAGAGCAUCACAAUGUUCUAUUUCAUACAGAGGCUUGGUGGUUAUCGAGGGGGGAGUGUUGAAAAUAUAUUGACUUUGAGAAGCUACUACACGACAUGCAUCAAGCACCCCCAUUCAUUAGUGGUGGUGAGAUAAGACAUUGUGAAACUAAUUUGCAAUUGACUGCCCCACAUUCAAAGUAUGUGAUGGUGAGUUGAAGACAAUCAGAAAUACUGUUAAAAUGUCUUUCAAUUGAAUCCCAUAGCCCCAAAUAAAAAAGUAAACAUUGGCUGUUUUCACAUGGGUGGGGUCACGAAAUUUUUCAUAUAUCAAAUGGGGUCGUGGGAACCCCUGGGUUAGCAUAUGUGCCAUAUGUAUUUAUGAUGGGGAGGUUGAGAGACAGUAGACUUUCUCACCUUACAUUGCAAAAUAGAAUAUCCCCAAAACAUUGUGAUAAGUAAACAUACAGUGGGGGAAAAAAGUAUUUAGUCAGCCACCAAUUGUGCAAGUUCUCCCACUUAAAAAGAUGAGAGAGGCCUGUAAUUUUCAUCAUAGGUACACGUCAACUAUGACAGACAAAUUGAGAUUUUUUUUCUCCAGAAAAUCACAUUGUAGGAUUUUUAAUGAAUUUAUUUGCAAAUUAUGGUGGAAAAUAAGUAUUUGUUCACCUACAAACAAGCAAGAUUUCUGGCUCUCACAGACCUGUAACUUCUUCUUUAAGAGGCUCCUCUGUCCUCCACUCGUUACCUGUAUUAAUGGCACCUGUUUGAACUUGCUAUCAGUAUAAAAGACACCUGUCCACAACCUCAAACAGUCACACUCCAAACUCCACGAUGGCCAAGACCAAAGAGCUGUCAAAGGACACCAGAAACAAAAUUGUAGACCUGCACCAGGCUGGGAAGACUGAAUCUGUAAUAGGUAAGCAGCUUGGUUUGAAGAAAUCAACUGUGGGAGCAAUUAUUAGGAAAUGGAAGACAUACAAGACCACUGAUAAUCUCCCUCGAUCUGGGGCUCCACGCAAGAUCUCACCCCGUGGGGUCAAAAUGAUCACAAAAAUCCCAGAACCACACGGGGGGACCUAGUGAAUGACCUGCGGAGAGCUGGGACCAAAGUAACAAAGCCUACCAUCAGUAACACACUACGCCGCCAGGGACUCAAAUCCUGCAGUGUUGGGGCUGUUUUUCUGCAAAGGGACCAGGACGACUGAUCUGUGUAAAGGAAAGAAUGAAUGGGGCCAUGUAUCGUGAGAUUUUGAGUGAAAACCUCCUUCCAUCAGCAAGGGCAUUGAAGAUGAAACGUGGCUGGGUCUUUCAGCAUGACAAUGAUCCCAAACACACCGCCCGGGCAACGAAGGAGUGGCUUCGUACUAAGCAUUUCAAGGUCCUGGAGUGGCCUAGCCAGUCUCCAGAUCUCAACCCCAUAGAAAAUCUUUGGAGGGAGUUGAAAGUCUGUGUUGCCCAGCGACAGCCCCAAAACAUCACUGCUCUAGAGGAGAUCUGCAUGGAGAAAUGGGCCAAAAUACCAGCAACAGUGUGUGAAAACCUUGUGAAGACUUACAGAAAACGUUUGACCUGUGUCAUUGCCAACAAAGGGUAUAUAACAAAGUAUUGAGAAACUUUUGUUAUUGACCAAAUACUUAUUUUCCACCAUAAUUUGCAAAUAAAUUCAUAAAAAAUCCUACAAUGUGAUUUUCUGGAUUUUCUUUCCCUCAUUGUGUCUGUCAUAGUUGACGUGUACCUAUGAUGAAAAUUACAGGCCUCUCUCAUCUUUUUAAGUGGGAGAACUUGCACAAUUGGUGGCUGACUAAAUACUUUUUUCCCCCACUGUAUGCUAUGUAGUGUUUUGGGUUAAUGUGUAUGUAAACCCACUAACUGUCCCACUCAUAGAGGUUUAUGACAAGCGAUCAUUCAAUAAAGUAAAGUAGCUACUUUCUAGUUAGAUAACUGUCCAUUUGGCCCAGCUGGAACGGGUGCGUCUCCAAUUUUGUUUAGGAUAUAUAUAUAUUUUUGGGACACCUGAGUUUAUGUGGGCAGCAAAAUCCCUGUGGUCGCAAAAUCAAACGAACUGCUCCUCGUUCUCUUUUGCGGCAUUGGAGCGCAAUUGCCACAACUGCACCACCAGUCUGUGUUGAUCCUGGGGAUGGCUAGAGUGGCGGUGGCUAUCUGAAGCUCAAUUUGCCUCAAAUCACUCGCAAGUAUUUAGUCGUCAGACAUAUUUGUAGGUUGUUUACUUUGUAUCAUUAAUAUAUAAAGCUGUCUCAGCUGAAAAAAAAAUGAAUCUGUGAAUAAGGGCAGAACGUGCAGUUUACUUAAAUUACUUAAAAAUCAUACAAUGUGAUUUUCUUUAGAUUCCGUCUCUCACAGUUGAAGUGUACCUAUGAUAAAAAUUACAGACCUCUACAUGCUUUGUAAGUAGGAAAACCUGCAAAAUCGGCAGUGUAUCAAAUACUUGUUCUCCCCACUGUAUUUAGGCUCGCCAUAACAAAGGGCUAAUUGACUAAAGACAUUUCAGUUUUACAUUAAUUUUUUAUUCAUAAAAAAAUUGAUCUAAAAACAUAAUUCCACUGACAUUAUGGGGUAUUGUGUGUAGGCCAGUGAUUACAAAUAUCAAUUGAAUCCAUUAAAAUGUCAGGCUGUAACACAACAAAAUGUGUAAAAAGUCAAGGGAUGCAAAUACUUUCUGAAGCCACUGUAGCUACAGCGUUUAGUCAACUAAGAAAUAACACUUUCUUGCCCACACGUGCUUUGAUCUCCGCAACGGUAGUAAGCACGAGCACAUUGACGAACAAGGAAACAUGUACGGUGUUGCAGUAGUUCAGUGCGUGUUACUGCGUGGAUGGAAACAGACAUGGCAGAGAGAGCUGUUCCGCUAAUACAGUCGUUCACAGAAAGUUAUGUUAGACUGUUAAAGAUUAGUAGGCGUAUGUUAAUUAAUCAGUUAUUCAUAUAGCUGUGUCAACAGUAGGCUGCUAAUGAUUUGAUAAUCGUCAGUUCACCAAUGACAAGGCAUGUUGAAUGAAUGGUAGCCUAGUAGUUAACCUAACGUAGCAGGCGUAGAUGGACGCCAGAGCGGAGUCUCCACUUCCGUUUUUCAGGGGGAAACGGAAGUGGGGAUGAAAAUACUGUAUCCCUGAAAACCGGCAACAUCCGCUUUCUGCUAAGGUUGUCUAGUAGUCAGCUCAUAUAGGCCUAGUUCAGUUUCAUAAUCCAAAUAGCCUACAGUAAGCUAGACUACUACGACAUGGCAUCCAGUAAUUGAAAUAUUCAGAAACAAACACUAGACUAUCCACAUAAAGACACUUAAUAAUUAGAAUAAUCAUUACUCCAAAUUGAACCUAGAACAUUUUGAAAGUGUCAUUGAGACCACCUCAAUUUCAUUUUGGAUCAAACAAGACUUCUGUGUUGGCUACAUUGUUUGAUAUAAUUUAAGACUCUUGGUUUCAGGAAAUGGCAGUUACAGGUUUUUCUAAAAUGAAAAAUGCUCCAACUUCCUUAGGGGAAAGUUGACUGACCCCCUCCAGAUCUUCCCCUACCCAACCUUAGGCCUACAUCAGCACCACCUUGUCAGAAAAUCCUAGGGAGAGCCCUGAUUUCUACAUUUAAAUUGAAGAGCAGCCAAUUACCAAAUACCCAUAAGUCUAUAGCCUACCAUUCCUACUGAGGCAGUUUUCUGCCAACAUCAUUAGGCUAUAAAAGGUGCGGUGUGGAUGUCGCGCACAGUCGUCGGGGCCGGGGCUACCGCUGAAGUGGUACUCAUAAAAGUUAUUCAAUGUUGGCAGGUCUGCCCUCUAGUGUCUAGGAGGAUAUGUGACUGCUCUUGCUUUCUUUCUCUCCCUAUCUAUCUCUCUCUCUGUCACUCUCUCUCUCAGGUCCUCAGAACAAAGAUUCCAGUGAGAGUCUAAACUACAAUGGAGAAGAGAAAGAGGUGAGGAAGAUGGACUGAGAUUGUGUAUGAGUGAGAGAAGUGUGUUUGUUGCCAAAGUUGUGGCGAGGGAGAGUGAUGGCAACCUGUCUUUUUGUCUCAUUCCUAUUUCUGUCCACCUCUCUGUCCUCUAGGCGCGCAGCAGCAGAGACACAGGGAAGUCAGCGUCCAGUCUGGGUCUGGUGGACUUUGACCUGCUGAGGGUGAUCGGGCGGGGCAGUUAUGCUAAGGUCCUGCUUGUCCGACUCAAGAAGACUGAGAGGAUCUACGCCAUGAAGGUCGUCAAGAAGGAGCUGGUCAACGACGAUGAGGUAAACGUACACAGAUGCACUCACACACACACACACACACACACACACACUCAAGAAACACACACACUUGGUCUGACACGUUGACAGACACUACCUGAUCAAUCAUCUGUGCCAUCUCUCCUCUGUCUGUCUGAGAGGCUGCUCUGUCUUGACCUAUUGUUACCUGUUCGUCAAUAGAAGCCUGUCAACAGAACCACUCACUGUGUUUUCAGACAUUUUCACUCUCCUCACGUCCAUUUUUGUCUGUCUGUCUAAGGCUGCUCUGUCCAGACCUAUUUCUAUCUGUCCGUCAAUAGAGAUCUGUCACAUCCACUCUUUCACUCUGUCCGUCUGUCUGUCCUCAUCAGAUGGCUGACUGGUUAUGUCUGCUUAUUUAGCAAGUGUUUGAUAUGAUUUCAAGUGUGCUGGAUUUCCAAAUGCAUCCUGUGUGUGUUAUUCCCUGUGUUGUAGGACAUUGACUGGGUCCAGACAGAGAAGCACGUGUUUGAGCAGGCGUCCAACCACCCCUUCCUAGUGGGGCUACACUCCUGUUUCCAGACUGAGAGCAGACUGUUCUUUGUCAUAGAGUAUGUUAACGGAGGAGACCUGAUGUUCCACAUGCAGAGACAGAGGAAGCUACCCGAGGAACACGCCAGGUUUGAACAAUGAUGUCAUAGCUACACUUGGGUUAUGUUCACUAGGGUACGCAACAGAACCUUUUGCUAUUGAAAAUGAGCGUUUCUUAUUGGACAAGUCCUGGUAGUCCCUUCCUUUCGGCACAUUUUCUUCCGUUUGGUGUCUAAUGAACACGACCCUGAUUCAACUAAUGAAGAGCUUGGUGAUUAGUUGUGUAGCUCUUAGACGGUGAUGUAUCUGGGUGUGUGACUUGAGUCUUGACCGAUAAUUUUCCAUCUCUUUCUCUGUCAGGUUUUACUCAGCAGAAAUCAGCUUGGCAUUGAACUACCUCCAUGAGAGAGGCAUCAUCUACAGAGACCUCAAACUGGACAACGUGCUGCUGGAGUCUGAAGGACACAUCAAACUCACUGACUAUGGCAUGUGCAAGGUGGGUGUCGGGGUCUGACCCUGGGUGUGCUUAUGCCUGUGUGUUUCUGUCUGUCUGUGUACUGUGUGUGUGUAUCUUUUUGUGUUUGUGUGCUGACGUGUGUGUGUGUGUGUGUUUAUGCAGUUCUGCAUGCGCAUACAUGUAAGCUCUGAGGUGUUUGUGUGUGUUAAUGCCUCUACGUUGUGAGACGUGUGUGCUGACUGCUGUGCUCUCUAGGAGGGCUUGAGGCCGGGAGACACCACCAGUACAUUCUGUGGAACCCCCAACUACAUCGCCCCUGAGAUACUAAGAGGAGAGGACUACGGUAAGACUGUCUGCUACAAAUAAUGCACAUUUGCCUCAGAUUCAGAAGCAGAAGACAAUCAUAUUACAUGCACAUCAUUAUAGAUAUCCAUGCACAUCAUUGUUUGCACAAGCAUGUUCUCUUAUGUGUAUUUAUAUUGAAAUGUAAAGUCAUUUAGAUGACUUUCUGUCAAUUGUGUGGGUUCAGGUUUCAGUGUGGACUGGUGGGCGCUGGGGGUGCUGAUGUUUGAGAUGAUGGCUGGACGGUCGCCCUUCGACAUCGUAGGGAGCUCCGACAACCCAGACCAGAACACUGAAGACUACCUCUUCCAAGGUAACACACACACAAUACUUAAAACUACCUCUUCCAAAGUAAGUCACACAUAUCUCUGUAUAUCAGCUGACACACUGGAUGGCUGGGUCCUAUUCUCUAGGACCCUACUCUCUAACAAGUUUGCACUCGUUCACCUCCUGGGAGUGCUCUGGGAUGAUAAUGUGUGUGUGUGUAAAUAUGACUUUGUUUCCUUGUUAGUUAGGUCCUAACUAAGUAGCUGUUUCAAUAAAGAGCAACGUUUCAGAAAAGUAAAAAGUCUAAUCUCCUCUGUCUCCUCUCUGUAGUAAUAUUGGAAAAACAGAUCAGGAUUCCUCGGUCGUUGUCAGUCAAAGCUGCCAGCGUUCUCAAGGGCUUCCUCAACAAGGUAACUACCAGACACAAACACACACACACACAGGAAGAUCAAUCCUAACAAGGUCAUGUCACACUGCCCUGUGACCAUGAUGUAAUGAACCUUUAUUUUCCCUCCUUCUCUCCCUCUCCCUUAUCAAUGCUCUCUCCCUCAUUCUCUCCUCGUCUGUCUCAUAUCUAUGCUCUUGAACUCAUUGUCUAUCCCUCCCUCCCUCCCUCCCUCCCUCCCUCCCUCCCUCCCUCCCUCCCCUCCCUCCCUCCCUCCCUCCCUCCCUCCCUCCCUCCCUCCCUCCCUCCCUCCCUCUCCCCCCUCCCUCCCUCCUCCCCUCCCUCCCUCCCUCCCUCUCCCCCUCCCUCCCUCCCUCCCUCUCCCCCUCCCUCCCUCCCUCCCUCUCCCCCUCCCUCCCUCCCUCCCUCCCUCCCUCUCCCCCUCCCUCCCCCCUCCCUCCCUCCUCUCCCCUCCCUCCCUCUCCCCCUCCCUCCCUCUCUCCCCCUCCCUCUCUCUCCCCCCUCCCUCCCUCCCUCCCUCCUCCCUCCCUCUCUCCCCCUCCCUCUCUCUCCCUCUCUCCCCUCCCUCUCUCUCCCCCUCCCUCCCUCCCUCUCUCUCCCCCUCCCUCCAUCCCUCCCUCUCUCCCUCUCUCUCUCCUCCCUCCCUCUCCCCUCUCUCUCUCCUCCCUCCCUCUCUCUCUCUUCCCAGGAACCUAAGGAGCGGCUAGGCUGUCAUCCCCAGACGGGCUUUGCUGACAUCAUGGGUCAUCCCUUCUUCCGAAACGUAGACUGGGACCUUGUGAGUCAUUGUCUAUUAUCUCUUGCUGCCCUCUCUCUCUCUCUUCUAUCUCUCUCUUUAAUGCAACUCUCUCUGUCGAUCUCUCUCCUACUGUAUCUAGUCUUUAGGUGAGCAUCAUGACCAAUAUAUACAGAGACAGGGGGAUCAUUGUUUUCAUUCAAACAUAGCAGCAGAAGCAGAAUUCUCACCAAUGAAAAUGAACUUAAACACUGUGAACGACGGACCUUGAGACAAAUCUACUCACAUACUGUCUUUCCACAUAGUUUAAUAGAAAACAGCAAAAAGCUAGUAAACAAGGGAAGGUCAAUCAGAGCGGAUCACAGUGAAUCUCUCCUCCAGACAGUCUGUCAGAGUUGCGGGUCAUCACCUUAGACAAGCCCAGAAAGUGUCCUUUCCCACCAGGCAGCCAGACGGGCCAAUUUGAUUUAACCAUGGAUGUAUCGGUUCUCUAAGGGCAGGUUUUCCAGACCCAGAUUAAGCCUAUUCCUGGACUAUACAAGCCAGCACUAAGUGGCCAGGGUCACAGUGGUUCUGUUGUAGUCAGAGGGUCACAACCAGAGAAUAAGCAGCAUUUGGCUAACCUCAAUGUUCAAAUUCAGAAACGUGUUAUUGUCCUAUUGCUGGGCAAAUUGAAAAGGAAUUGACUCCAACCUGACACAGACAGGCUGGCCUCCAGACAGGCAUCUAGUCCCAGACCAGCCUGACCUCUUUUCCCAGUUUGGUGUGCCCUGUCUGCUGACUGGCUGUCUGGAGGGAUCAUGUUACCCUGCUGAGCUGGCUCCCGCUCCCAUCAGUCUCACCUCACACGUAACAGGCAGCCUUGCCCUGCACUACCCUACCUCCAGGGGUGGCAGUGCUGGGUCAAUACCCUGCAGGCUGCCUGUCUGUUUGGGGUCUGAGUUAACAAUGGAGUUUCCACUGAGUCACAGGGAGGGAGGGAGAGAGGGAGAGAGGGACUAAUACACAUGUGCGAAACAAGACAGAUAAGCUCCCAGCAAUGUUUAAUUUCUUUAUAAAUGUUUGUAAGUCUGAGUGUGAAGUAUGUCUCUCUUACCUCCCAAAGCAAAAGCCAUGCUGACAAGCAGAAUGAUGGUCAAUAUCGCCAUGGUGAUAGUAGAGAGAGAGAGAGAGAGAGAGAGAGACCACAUGGAAUAUUUUUUUCUGUGGUUUAAAAUGGUUGUAAACUAUUUUCAGGGGAAUUUGUACGUUAAUUCUUGUUUGUAAAUAAGGAUCAUUUCAUUGAAACAUGGUUCUUGCUGGACUAGGUUGACUGUAAGUCGUAUUUGGGGAGUUUCUCCCAUUCUUCUCUGCAGAUCCUCUCAAGCUCUGUCAGAUUGGAUGGGGAGCGUCGCUGCACAGCUAUUUUCAGGUCUCUCCAGAGAUGUUCGAUCGAGUUCAAGUCCGGGCUCUGGCUGGGCCACUCAAGAACAUUCAUAGACUUGUCCCGAAGCCACUCCUGCGUUGUCUUGGCUGUGUGCUUAGGGCCGUUGUCCUGUUGGAAGGUGAAACUUCGCCCCAGUCUGAGGUCCUGAGCGCUCUGGAGCAGGUUUUCAUCAAGGAUCUCACUAUACUUUGCUCCGUUCAUCUUUCCCUCGAUCCUGACUAGUCUCCCAGUCCCUGCCGCUGAAAAACAUCCCCACAGCAUGAUGCUGCCACCACCAUGCUUCACCGUAGGGAUGGUGCCAGGUUUCCUCCAGACGUGACGCUUGGCAUUAAGGCCAAAGAGUUCAAUCUUGGUUUCAUCAGUCCAGAGAAUCUUGUUUCUCAUGGUCUGAGUCCUUUAGGUGCCUUUUGGCAAACUCCAAGCUGGCUGUCAUGUGCCUUUUACUGAGGAGUGGCUUCCGUCUGGCCACUCUACCAUAAAGGCCUGAUUUGUGGAGUGCUGCAGAGAUGGUUGUCCUUCUGGAAGGUUCUCCCAUCUCCACAGAGGAGCUCUGUCAGAGUGACCAUCGGGUUCUUGGUCACCUCCCUUACCAAGGCCCUUCUCCCCCGAUUGCUCAGUUUGGCUGGGCGGCCAGCUCUAGGAAGAGUCUUGGUGGUUCCAAUCUUAUUCCAUUUCAAGAAUGAUGGAGGCCACAGUGUUCUUGGGGACCUUCAAGGCUGUAGUAUUUUUUGGUACCCUUCUCCAGAUCUGUGCCUGUCUCGGAGCUCUACGGACAAUUCCUUCGACCUCAUGGCUUGGUUUUUGCUCUGACAUGCAUUGUCAACUGUGGGACCUUAAAUAGACAGGUGUGUGCCUUUCCAAAUAAUGUCCAAUAAAUUACCACAGGUGGACUCCAAUCAAUUUGUAGAUACAUCUCAAGAAUGAUAAAUGGAAACAGGAUGCACCUGAUCUCAAUUUCGAGUCUCAUAGCAGGGUCUGAAUAUUUAUUUUGAAUAAAUUAGCAAAAAUCUCUAAAAACCUGUUUUCGCUUUGUCAUUAUGGGGUAUUGUGUGUAGAUUGAUGAGGGGGAAAAAAAUAUUUAAUCAAUUUUAGAAUAAGGCUCUAAUGUAACAAAAUGUGGAAAAAGUCAAGGAGUCUGAUUACUUUCUGAAUGUGUGGAUGUCUCUUUGACCUCAAUCCUGUGUGUGUGUGUCUGACCUUGUUGCAUUGUGUUGUUUCAGAUGGAGCAGAAGCAGGUGGUUCCUCCGUUCAAACCCAACAUCUCAGGAGAGUUUGGACUAGACAACUUUGAUGCCCAAUUCACCAACGAGCCUAUCCAGCUCACGCCUGAUGAUGAGUGAGUAUCUGUCUGUCUCAGGAUGCGUCCCAAAAUGCACCAUAUAUAGCGAACUAUACUGAACAAAAAAUAGAAACAAAACAUGUAUAGUGUUGGGCCCAUGUUUCAUGAGCUGAAAUAAAAGAUCCCAGAAUUUUUUUUAAAUGUUGUGCCCAAAUUUGUUUACUUCACUGUAUGUGAGCAUUUCUCCUUUGCCAUGAUAAUCCAUCUACCUGACAGGUGUGGCAUAUCAAGAAGCUGAUUAAACAGCAUGAUCAUUACACAGGUGCACCUUGUGCUGGGGACAAUAAAAGGCCUCUCUAAAAUGUGCAGUUUUGUCACACAACACAAUGCCACAGAUGUCUCAAGUUUUGAGGGAGCUUGCAAUUGGCAUACUGACUGCAAGAAUGUCCACCAGAGCUGUUGAUAAAGAAUGUAAUGUUAAUUUCUCUACCAUAAGCCGCCUCCAAUGUCGUUUUAGAGAAUUUGGCAGUACAUCCAACCGGCCUCACAACCGCAGACCUCCACAUCCAGCCCAGGACCUCCUCAUCCAGCUUCUUCUCCUGCAGGGUCGUCUGAGACCAGCCACCUGGACAGCUGAUGAAACUGUGGGUUUGCACAACGGAAGAAUUUCUGCACAAACUGUCAGAAACCGUCUCAGGGAAGCUCAUCGUCCUCACCAGGGUCUUGACCUGACUGCAGGUUGGCGUCGUAAUCGACUUCAGUGGGCAAAUGCUCAACUUUGAUGGCCACUGGCACUUGGAGAAGUGUGCUCUUCACGGAUGAAUCCCGGUUUCAACUGUACCGGGCAGAUGGCAGACUGUGUGUAUGGAGUUGUGUGGGCAAGCGGUUUGCUGAUGUCAACAUUGUGAAUGGAGUGCCCCAUGGUGGCCGUGGGGUUUGGUAUGGGCAGGCAUAAGCUACGGACAGUGAACACAAUUGCAUUUUAGUGAUGGCAAUUUGAAUGCACAGAGAUACUGUGACGAGAUCCUGAGGCCCAUUAACGUGCCAUUUAUCCGCCACUAUCACAUAAUAUAAUAUAAUAAUAUUUAAUAUAAUAUAAUAUGCCAUUUAGCAGACGCUUUUAUCCAAAGCGACUUACAGUCAUGUGUGCAUACAUUUUUACGUAUGGGUGGUCCCGGGGAUCGAACCUAAUACCCUAGCGUUACAAGCGCCAUGCUCUACCAAUUGAGCUACAGAGGACCACGUGUUUCAGCAUGAUAAUGCACGGCCCCAUGUCGCAAGGAUCUGUACACAAUUCCUGGAAGCUGAAAAUGUCCCAGUUCUUCCAUGGCCUGCAUACUCACCAGACAUGUCACCAAUUGAGCAUGUUUGGGAUGCUCUGGAUCGACCUGUACGACAGCGUGUUCCAGUUCCUGCCAAUAUCUAGCAACUAAUCUCAGCCAUUGAAGAGGAGUGGGACAACUUUCCACAGGCCACAAUCAAUCGCCUGAUCAACUCUAUGCGAAGGAGAUGUGUCGCGUUGCAUGAGGGCAAAUGGUGGUCACACCACAUACUGACUGGUUUUCUGAUUCACGCCCCUAACUUUUUUCUUUAAGGUAUCUGUGACCAACAGAUGCAUAUCUGUAUUCCCAGUCAUGUCAAAUCCAUAGAUUAGGGCCUAAUAAGUGCUUUCCUUAUAUGAACUGUAACUCAUCUUUGAAAUUGUUGCAUGUUGCGUUUAUAUUUUUGUUCAGUGUAAGUUUUACCUGGGCCCAUACAGUCUGUCGUUCUGUCUGUCCGUCUGUCCAUCAUUCUUCAUGGAUCAUUUUAAAUCAAUGCUUUAUGAUGCCUGUUCAGGUUACUAGAUUAGUUAGUGGUGGUAUGAAAAUAGAUUUACUUACUGAUCAAUAUAGUCAUAUGGCCCCCCCUAUAACUGUUUCCUGUCUGUGUUGCAGUGAUGCAGUGAAGAAGAUCGAUCAGUCGGAGUUCGAAGGGUUUGAGUACAUCAACCCUCUCCUGAUGUCAGCUGAGGAGUGUGUC